AUGGACACCAUCGCGAGCGUGCAAGCAUGUCUUGCGAAAUGGAACGCAGGCGGCGGCGCGAAAUGCCGCGCCCUCCUCGUCUCCGCCCACACCGCCCCGGCGGGUAUGAAGACUCAAGACACCCUCCUCACCGCAUAUAACACCCUUCUCUAUGGCAUGUUCACGACAUGGGCGCGCGGGCGCGUGCUCGCGAUCGACGAGUUUGUCGCGCUUGUGCAAGCAGUUGUGAAUGAGCUGCCGUCCUCCUCGGCCCAUCCGGUCGCCAGCACGAUUGGGGACCAACUGGUGGAUAUGCUCUGGUCGGUGGACGCGGAGCUGCAGGAGACGCUCGCGGACGCCACGAAGGCGGCGAGCGAAAAGGCGGACGAAGCCACCGCGAAGGCGCUAGCGAAUGCGGAGAAGGAUAGGGAUACGAUGGUCUCGCUCGUAAAGAAACUAUUGGAGCGCGAGGUGAUCAGCAAGACGUGCUGUCGGGAGCGCUUCGAUAACCACUUCCUGGUACUCGUUGGACUCCUGGCAGUAGUCAAGCCAUUCAACGACAAGGAGAUCCGCAGGCGCACUGCGCUCUUCUAUAAGCAGCACAAGUUUAACCUUUUGCGCGAGCAAUCAGAGGGUUACAGUAAGCUUGCUACGGAAAUCGCUGGAGCCCUGGGUCCCGCGCACUCACCUCAGGAUGGCCGCCCAACCGAGUCUCCAGAGGACCUGCAGAAGCGCGUGAAGCCGAUUUGGAGCAAGCUCAUCAGUCUGGUCGGGUACUUCGACUUGGAUCCGAAUCGCGCUCUGGACGUCAUCUUGGACAUCUUCUCUGUACACUUGGCGACGCACUCGACCUUCUUCCUCGCGCUGUUACAGUGCUCGCCAUGGGCUGCUCCGCCUGAGAACCGGCACCCACCUGCCCAAAUCACGCCUGACAUGUACCGCGGGAAGAGUCUCGACGAAAUUCUGGCGAUGACUGAAACUGUAAACACCGCGGCAGUCGAUCCAGAGCAUCGCCCGCGUAUACUAGCGCAGGUGCUUGGCUUCAAGUUCCAGCACUAUCAGAAAACCGUGACGACCACACCAGCCAAUCUCUAUUCUAUGGCAGCAGUUCUAAUACACGAAGGCUUCAUCACGCUCGAAGGCCUUUACCCUCACCUCGCACCGGAGGACGGCGACGAUAUGCACAAAUAUUACGAGGAGUACGAGGAGGAUAUGCGCGCCAAAAACCGCGCUGCACAGAACAGUCUCCUCGCCGCCGCAGCUCCUCUCGACUCUGGCUCAUCCAACCAGCCCCCGCCACCACCGCCCCCUCAGCCUCUCGCAAAGAGGCUCCCGCCAAAUCAGAAGGCCGGCCUGGCCAAUGCCCUUCUUUCCGUCGGUGCACUCCGCCCCGCCCUCUACAUCCUCUCCCGCCACACAUGGCUUGUCGACAAGUACCCCGAGCUCGCCGACCUGCUUAUCCGUGUCACCCAUGUUGCUAUCCAUGACCUCAACCAGGCGCGGAAGGCCGAGCACUUCAAGGGUAAGGAUUGCAAGGCCGACUUCCACCAACCGCGCCUGCGGUAUGGGAAUACGGGCAUGGCGCCGCCGCCGGCGAGGAAGCACCUGCUGACGCUGGUCGCGCCCGUGCCGCCGUGCACGAGCACGAAAGAGUUCGUGUUCUUCUUUCCGCAGUGGGACGAGUGGGUGCCGAAGUGCCGGUCGCUGCAGGAUAUUCCGGAUGUGGUGGAACCGCUGUUGAGGUAUAUUGGCGUGCACCUGUACCGGGAUAGUCUGCUUGUGUCGAAGCUGACGAGGUUGGCUUGCUCGCAACUUCACCCUCUGCGCGAUGCUGGCCAGAUUGACGAUCCCGCCUUCAAGUUCUGGUUCAACGCCUUGCGCCUCUUCUUCCUUCCGGCCCUCUCCAUGACGCGUGGCAACGCUGUCUUCACCGUCGACGUCUGGGGCCUCGUCAACCUGUACCCGCCAGAGCAGCGCUGGCAGAUGUACGGCGAGUGGCGGCAUCACACCUAUGCCAGUCACAAGGAACUCCAGCUUCGCCGCAUCCAGGUGGAUCGCGAGUCCAAGGGCAUCCUGCGCCGCCUCUCACACCAGAGCAUUGACUCGCUCUCCGCUCCGAUGGCCCGCCUCUGCCACACGAACCCGACGAUCAUCUUCACGAACGCGGUCGGCCAAAUUAUGGCGUACGACAACCUCGCGGCUGUCUUCAUCCGCGCGCUGCAGUUCAGCACGCUCAUGGGCCUUGACAUCCUCGUCUGGGUCGUCCUCGAUGCUUUCUCGCACCCCACCAAGCCGCGCGUCAAGGACGACGGCGUAAACCUCUCCGACUGGUUGCAGAGCCUGGCGUCCUUCACGGGUCUGCUGUUCCGCCGGUUUGGUCCGGAUAUGAAGCCUGUGCUGCGAUAUGUGGUGCAGCAGCUGUAUGAUAACAAGACGUCGGAGCUGGUGGUGCUGAGGGAGCUGAUCUGGAAGAUGGUGGAUAUUGAGCCGCUGCCGUCGUUGUCGGACCAGCAGGUGCAGGCGAUGGCGGGUGGGCCGUUGUUGAGGGCGGAAGCUUUGGUGUCGACCAGGCGGGGCAACAGCAGCACGGACUAUGAGCGCAAGGCGACGGAUAGCAAGGUCGCCCAGCGUCUCAUCGAUGCGCUGCUCGACUCGAACUUGGCCCUCCCUCUCCUUAUCCAAGUUGCGCAGCACAGGCAAAAUGCCUUGGAGCGUGAGACGCUUCCUCUCAAGUCGCUCUCCAACCUGUUCGACUUCAUCCACGGCGUCCUCCUUCAAUACCUCGACUUCCUCACCAACCCCAAGGUGCAGUCGAUCACGCAGUACGAGAAGCGUAUUCUGCCCUCUAUCCGCGAGCUUGGCUGCAUGUACGAGAUUGCGCCGCCCAUUUGCUGGCAGAUCGUGCGUCCCGUGCUGCAUGCGCAGAUCCUGCAGUCGGCGCUGGAGCAGGAUGACCGCAUGUCGGUGGAGAAAGAGAAGAGUCUGAAGGCGGCGCUGGCGGCGGCGAAGAAGGAUCCGGCGACGUCGCGGGUUGCUUCGCCCUCCGUGGAUAAGCCAGCGAGUGAGGUGAAGGUCAAUGGCAAGGCAGAAGCGGCGGAGACUGCGGACGUCUCAAUGGAUGUGGAUUCGUCGGCGAAGGUGGUGAAGCCGAGCGCGUCUGAGGGACCAUGGCUUCCGCAGCUAUCUGCCCUCUUCGACGACGUGAGGAAACUUUCGCCGGGUGCUUGCGAUGCGCUAGGUGUUGGUUUCUAUACCACCUUCUGGCAAAUGUCGUCCUAUGAUCUCGCGCCACCCCUUGAACGCUACCAGGAAGAGGUCAACGCCUUCCGGAGUCUCGCUAAUCAGGAGGACAGGAAGUACCAGUCCAGCAGGCAUUCUCCGGCUGCGGCGUCGAUGCACCGCAAGCUGCGCGAACGAUAUCAGCGCACUGUGGAAAGCCUCACGCGCGAGUUGAAGGAGCACACGGUGUCGCGGACGUUCACGCUGAAGCGUUUGGUACGCGAGAAGCAGAAAUGGUUUGUGGGCAAUCCUAACCCCAGGGGCAUUCCGAGCGCAUUCAUUGAGCAAUGUUUGAUCCCUCGUUGCUUCUUGUCGCCCAUGGACGCGGACUACUGCGUGCAGAUGAUCAAGGUCUUGCACACGCAGGGUACUCCGGGUUUCUGGACAAUGAAGGUCUACGAUCAGCUUUUAGGCGAGGCCGUAAGGGUGAUCCUCUUCACCUGCACAGAGUAUGAGGCCCGCAACUAUGGCCGCUUCUUGCGCGGUGUUUUGUCCGACUUGCUUGCCUGGCACCAGGACGAGUCGCAGUACCUCACCGACAACCGUCUGAAGUCGAACGAGAAGACGUGGAUCAACCCGGGAAUGAUCAAGACCUGGAAAGCGGACAGCUCGCGCCACAUCAGCGUCUCAGAUGUCGUUGACUGGAAGACCUUCCGGCAGUUCCUGAGCAAGUGGCACAAACGGAUUUGCGCUGCCAUCUGCAGGGGUCUGCAGACGCAGGAGUUCAUGCACGUGUACAAUACCAUCCUUGUGCUCAAGGAGAUCCUUCCUGUGUUCCCGUUGAACUCCGUGGACGACACUUGCGGGAUCAAAUUGUCAUUGGCCGUGGACAAGGCCAUUGCUGACGAGAAGAGAGGCGACUUGAAGAUUCUCGGGAAGGCGUAUGCCGCUGCUUUGAAGAGCCGCGAGAAUCUCUGGGCGAAGGCUGGCGCCCCACAAACGAGCACACCGUCGACUGCCUCUCCUGCACCCGCACAGCGCAAUGGAGUGGCACAACCAAAGCCGAAUAUUCCUGCCAAGCCUACUACGCAACCCAUACCUGCCAAACCUGCUCCCGCGACAUCGACGCCGACCGGACCUCGUACGCAAACGUCGACGCCCGAACCACGAAAUGUUCCCUCUCCGGCACCCACGGGUACCGCUGACCGCUCGUCUCACCUCAAGCUUAGUGUCGCAGGCGUUGCUCGCCCAUCCGUCGUCAAACGAACGCAGGCACAAGAGGCGGCUGCGUCUACACCCGACAAGCCAGCCGAGAAGCCCAAGGCGCCCGAAGCUUCUGCCCAGCUGCCCGACAAGCCUCGACAGUCGGAACAGCCGAAGGAAGCUCCUCAUCCCAUCCCGGUCCUCACGGGCGAUCCACCCCGUUCGCCUCGCGGCCAUCGCAACUCGCCUCGCUCGUCGAUGCCUCCACCGCCUAUGCCUCCACCUGCGAACCCGAGUUCGACACCGUCCGCCCAAGAACUUCGUGAUGCUGCGAAGCAAAGCAUGAACCGCAAUGUCCCAAGCGAACCAAGAGGUCAAGGUACCUCAGCCACGGCCUCUCCUCGUGUGCGCUCGCCAUCACCGAAGAGCCGUCCUGGUACCCGGAAUGCCAGCCUUGAGAGCCGUGGCAGUGGAGGCCGUUCACGCACCGAUGGUCCGUCAUCGGAUGACAAGCGCGACUCCUCGAGAAAUCCCAACGGCCGCGACGCGCAACCUCUUGGACGCAGAGAUAGCGCGAGCCACAUACAUGGCGAGCGCUCUGGACGUGAUAGGGAGAAGGACGGUGAUCGUGAGCGAGAUCGCGGUGAACGUGGCAGGGACCGUCGCGGUGAACGCGAGCGGGACAGGGAUCGUGACCACCGCGAUAGAGAUCAUCGCGACCGCGACAGGGACCGCCACCGGAAGGACGAGCACCGCAAGGACGACAAGGACCGUGACAGGGAUCGUGACCGCAAGGAGCGCGAGAGCAGUCGCGCGGCUGGCGCGCGCCAGGACGAGCGUUCCACUACGCGCCAGGAUGACCGCGCUUCCGCACGGCAGGACGACCGCGCCUCUGCCCGACAAGACGCGCGCCCCGAUGCCCCCGCGGCCGGCCCAGGGCGCCCAGCGGCGGAGGAGGGCCUCGGCAAGCGGCGCCGCGGCGACGACGAUGUGAGUGCACCCGACCCCAAGAGGCCACGCUCGGCUGAACGCAGCCAGAAUGAGCGGGAGCGGGGACACCGCUCGUCGCGCCGCGAGCGCCGGGGCGACGAACGCGGCCGGCGGGGCCCCGAACACGAGGGGAGGGAUCGCCCGCGUGAGCCCGGCGACCGCAGGCGGCGGGACGUGCGCGAUGGCCCGGCAGAGGGCGCUGCGGACAGGAGCGGCGGGGCUGCUCCCAGUGAUAGGGCAGCAGAGAAGCGCGUACCCGAGGGCCCGGCGGCGACCACUGGCGCGAAGCCACCCCCAAGCGCGCCGUCUGCACCUCGCGCAGAGCGCAACCGAACCGAGAGCACCAGCGGGCCCCCACCCUCGGCGCCUGCAGCCCCUUCGCAACCCGCGGGUGGUACGCUGCUCUCUCGCCUCGACAAGGCUCCGUCGCUGGGCGGUGGACGGCGGGACGAGAGCGCUCGGCGGGAUGAUGGUCCGCGUGGGGAGGCUGCUCGCGGAGAUGGUCCACGACGAGACGAGGGCGGCCGGCGUGACGACGGCCCUCGGCGCGAUGAAGGCCCCCGGGGAGAGGGUGCCCGCCGCGAGGAGGAUCGCAAGCGGACCUUCGCUGAACGCGACGACGGGCCCGACAACGGACCUGCCGCCAACGGCGAUGGGCAGAAUAAGCGCCAGCGCGUGAUCCUCCAGCGCAACCGCUACGGACCCAACGGCUCGAACGUCAACGCGAUCAACAGCUAUCUGGGCGAUGGGUCUGGCUCCUCAGGGAGGAGUGGCGGCCGUGGGGGGAGGAGGAAGGAUUGA